AUGUGUAUGCCUGUGAAACAGACUCUUCCAAUACAGGGGAUUUUGUAUUGCAUGCCCUUACCUAUCUGCGGGAGGAUGUUGACUGCAGAUCUUAUCGUUGUACUUAUACGGGGUUAUGACUUGAUAAUGGAAAUGGAUUGGUUGUCGAAGCAUCAAGCCCAGAUUAACUGUCGCCAGCGAGCUAUUUGGUUCAAUGAGGAGAGCGGAGGAUUUGAGUUCGUUGGGAACAGGUCACGGAAGGUGUAUCCCAUUAUAUCAGCAUUGAAGGCCAACAAGAUGGUCGAGAAGGGGAAUGAAGCCUUCCUGGUUGUAAUCAUACCAACCGAAGAAGCAGAAGCAAAGCUGGAAGACGCUGCUGUGGUUCAGGAAUUCCCAGAUGUAUUUCCUGAUGAACUACCCGGACUACCACCAGAACGGGAGGUAGAUCUCCAUUGA